AUGAUGACUCCUCCGAGAUCCCCGCCGGCUGGCAUUCCAGCCCAACACUGGUUCUGGUUCGAGGCUCGAAGGGAAGAAGAGCGUCGAAAUCAAGAGGCAGAGAAGAGCCGUCAAGAGGCCAUGAAGCUGGAGCGGCGAAAGGUUGAGCACUCGAUCCUCGGAGACGCCCUGUGUGCAGGAAUGAGCCCGAAUCUUGCCCCAAUGCUUAUGGGAUGCUUGAACGGGCUUGUCACUGGGCGUCUCAGUCCAGAGAGCGCACCAAAAGAAUUGCCGAUUACAGUCCAACGUAUGCUUCAAGCAAAAGUGCCAGUGGAUUUUCAACAGUCUCACGUGCAAGUUCCAGCGUCACCUCAUCAACUGGUUCAAGCGGCAUCUCCAAUGAACGCUCAAGGUCUCAACACACAGCACCUUUCGAGUGAACAUCAGCAAGCCCAAGAAUUAGCAUGCCAACCGCAAAAGGGUCUUGAAGCCUCCAAAUCUGCAAGGUCUCCUUCACCAACUGCCUUCUUCGGACCAAGGGCGAAUGACUUCAUCCGGAGUUUCGAAGCAGAUAUUACUAACCAAGCCGAAUCCUCACGCCAGACUCAAUGCUCACCUACCAGCCACCAUUCGCAGCAGUCACCUUUCAAUCGACGUGAUAAAAAUAGAGGCAGGAAAUGUGACCGUGCUGCUCCUCGGGGACCGUCUCAUAGACCACCAACAUCCGCUGCCAACGAGCCCCUGCUCUUCCAACCAACAACCCCUUACUAUCCCACACGGCCCUUUGUCAAUCGGACCCUUGAUGGAGAAAGAGUUCAGCCUCCAUUCCAAGGGAUUCAAUCAUCCCAAUGCUCGCAUGAAAGUGAAAGUGGGAAGAGCGACAAUGAGGACGACAGGUACGAUAGCCAAGGCGAGGACUACGACAGUCAUGACGAAGGGUACGAAAGCCCCGACGAGGAGUCCGACAGUCAAGACGAUGAAAAAUGCAGUCACGAGGGCACAGACUAUGAAGAUGAGGAAUACGAUAGCGAGGAGGAGUACGACGACAGCGAAGAAGAUGAUGAUACCAGCGAGGGCUUUGACAGCGACGCUGACGAUUAG